ACAUUUUGUUUUGAAUUUGCAUUGCAUCGUCAGCGCAGAAGUUUGUGCCGGCUGAUUUUUUUGUUGAGCAAUUUUUCUCAAAGAUGAGUUUAAACUUUGGUGAAAUUGUGGAACCCUCUACGCGAGCCUUCUGGGACGAUUACGACGAGGGGGACGAAGAGCUGGUUCCGCUAGCACCUCUCGAGUGGGAAUGGCUAAACGAGGACAACACAGAGCUAAAGCUGGACCAACUGAAGCACUUGCUAAUCAUCGAAGGCCAAGGUAUUGCGGCCUUCGCCGGCACGGCGAUUCUCAAGGGCCGAUCUCCGGUUUGCCGGUUUCAUAAUAUUUCCGUCGGCGUUUACCACGUUCCGGAGCGGGAUCUGCUCGUCUGCUUGUCCGAGGAGAAGGAGCUGAACAGUUUUGGGAGGAUAACGGAGAAGUUGGCGCCCUGGUUGGAUGUGGCACAGCAGGUUACGGCGGUGUCCUUCCAUCCGAGCGUAAUGCACAAGGGAACGCCGGCUGAAGAUGCGGAGGAGGUUUGUUUUAUCCGGAGCAUUAACGGGAGCGAGAAAGGGUUGGAGGCGCCGAACGUCAUUACGGGUUUGUCGGCGGGAGCGCUGAGCUAUCGGAAGUUCCGGGAGCAUGCCGGAUCGGCAGCAGCGUACGCCUGCUAUCUGGACAGUCCGGUGGUUGAUUCUGCGUCGGCGAAGCCGAUUCUGAAACUGUUCAAAGCACUCUCGGUGGAUUGUGCGGACAGUUAUCAGCUCAAGUUUAAGGCCGGUUCGAAUUUGUACAUGUAAAACGGAAUAAAACUCACUUGCCUCUGGAUGUUUCUUAAAA